UUGACAUGUGUCAAUUUUAACAAUAAAAUUACAGUAGCAAAAUGAUUUUUAAAUUUGCAAAAAUUUCCGCUAGAGUAUAUGAAAAAGUAAUAUGUUAUGCUUUGGUGUAUGUGAUAACGCCGUGUUUCUUUAUAUUUGAGAUGGCGCUUGUUCGGCCGAUUGUCAUCAAGCAUUACAACUAUGGGAUACUCCUGCAUGCUUUCCACGUCAUAUGUGGUACCUUCUGCUUUCUCAACGUUGUCGGUAAUAUGAUUAUGAGCAUUUUUACCAAUACCAGCGUAAAUAAAAGUGUUCGGGUUGGUGAAUCCUAUUGUGACACGUGCAAAAUUAUCCGCCCAGCGAAAGCAUGGCAUUGUAAGCUGUGCAAUGUGUGUAUUCUACGGCGUGAUCACCACUGCUUCUUUCUCUCAAGAUGCAUUGGACUAUACAAUCAACGAUACUUCAUUCUUUACUUGACGUAUAUAUUAAUAUCUUUAAUUUACUCCGCGAUAUAUAACUACUACUUUGUUCUGACUAGAAUACAGGAGUAUGACUUAGUCCUAUCCCUUUUUCGUAUUUUUAAUCCUUUCUUUAGAUAUAUGUCGACGGAACCACCUAGUAUCAAAGACGUUUAUGUGUUGUUUUUGUGCUUGAAUGGUGGACUUAUUUUUUGGUCUGGUCUAUUGUUUAUUUACCAUGUAAGAAAUGCUAUGAGUGGAGUGGUAGCGAGAGAUUCUAGGUUAAAACGAAGACUAAAUAUGACAAUGUUAAAGAAUAAUUUGAUGAAUAUAUUUGGGACACGGUGGUACUUGGCGAUCGUGUGGCCUUUUGCGGAAAGCCCACUGCCCCAAGAGUAUGUAAUGAAGAAUAUUUAAUUAAUAAGUUCGAAUUAAAAAUAUAUAAUAAUAUUU